AGCGAAAGUGGACUGAUCCAGUAGUAUUGAAGGCAAAGCCCAUCGCGCAGUUGUUUGUUUUCACUCAGCGCAGUAGCAGAGCAGAGCGGAGAGGAGAGGCGCGGAGUUGUGUAACGGUUACGUUUUUUUAAUCUUCAUUGCAUCUUUCAAGCCUCUUGCCAUGGCUCUGUGCAGUAGCGUCGGAGCCUUGGCGUUACCCAGCGAGCUUAUCGUUCACAUAUUCUCCUUCCUGUCAGACCGUGACAAGCUCCGGGCCUCGGCCGUAUGCUCUCGCUGGAGGGAGUGUCUCUUCUACCCUGCGCUGUGGACGGAGCUCAAGCUGCGCGUCGGUGGCGGAACCAACGGCGGCGGAUCUGGAUCAGAACAAACCCCGCGAUUAGAGUUCCUCAUGCGCAAGUUCGGCUCGUUCGUGCGGGAGCUGCAGCUGGAGUUCGCCCCGCUGGACGACUGUUUAAGCCCGCUGCAGCACGGAGUGGAAGCCGUCGAGAGCGACCCGCAGUUCGCGAAAGAUGCGAUGGUGACAUAUUUGGAUCAGGUGUUGUGUGUGCUCGGCAGUCUGCGUAAUAACAGAAACCUCCAGAAGCUGAGUCUCUAUGGGGACACAUGCAUUCUUCAGGAUGAUGGCAUUUUGGACAGCUCUUACCUCAGCCAGGUCGACCAAGGGGGCAAGAAAAUGAAAGAGAUCCAGCAGCUCUUCGAAGAGAUCCUGUCCAACAGCAGGCAGUUGAAGUGGUUGUCGUCUGCGUUCAUGCUCGGUGUGGUGACCCCCUGCUCUCUGGCCUCUCUCUCCAACCCCAGCACCAGCUCCCUCGAGCACCUCAGUCUGAUCGACAGCCAGCUGCCCAGCCUGAUUUCCACCAUCGAACUGGAAAGGCUCACUAACCUGCGGUCUCUGUCGCUAGACUUCUGCGAUUUCACCUCAGACAUGUGCUGUCUCCUCACCGGCGGUGACCGAGCGCCCCUCCACCGCCUCUCCCUCUUGCUCAAUGGCGCUGCUUUGGACGUCAAGCCUUUGGAUGGUACCGCCACCGAGGACGACUGGAAAGCCCUGGUCCGUCGCAGCACCAACCUGCGCGUCUACAUCAUGGCGAUGGAUGUGUGCAGCCAGGACCUUCUGCGUGUGCUGAAGCCCAGCGUGCCCCUGGAGCGGAUCCAUCUGGACAGCUACAGCACGCUGGUGACGGAUGGUGUCAUGGAGCUCAUCUCGCAGCAGUACCGCAAAACCCUGAGCCACUUCAUCUUGAUGAGAGACGACGCUGGAUUCCCAGACCUCAGCGUCAACCGCAACGAGGACCCGCUGGUUCUCCUCGCCUGGCGCUGUGUGCACCUCGCUGUCCUGAUCAUCCAUGGCUACACUGUGUGGUCGCACAACCUGGUGGCCAUCUCUCGCCUGCGUGGGUCCAACCUCAAAGUCCUGGAGGUGUCCGAAGAGAGCAUCGACUUUGACCCGGACCAGUCGGUGUACAUCGAGGGCGACCCCGUCCACAACCUAGUCAAGGAGGUGUCCCUGGGCUUGGGCCGCGUCUGGCAUGCCUCCAUAGACAACAGCUUGGUCCUGAACGAACCCACUCAGCACUUCCACCGUGAGAUGCAGAGUUUCAGCGCGGGCAUGUAGACGCAAAUGCCCUCUCUAACCCUGUGCUUGGUGAUCUUUCACUAAAUGGGCCCUUCUCAUUUUACAUAUUGUUUCUUUUUCUUGCAUUGCAUUUUGAUUUUGUUUUUGUUUAUUCUUGUAGUGUGAAUUUAAUCCUUUAUAUGUGCUGUGUUUAAUCAGUAUUAGCUCUAUAUUUAUAUCUAUAUCUAUAUAUCCUGCUUAUAACUAGGAAAGUAUAGUUGGGUAUUGGUUUAGUAGCUAAUUGAGUGAAUGGUAGAGAGGGGCUUUUAUACAGCUAGCUUACAAGUUGUACAGUGAGUUGUUCAUUCUCUCGCUUUGUCUGUUUGUUGGUUUCCCCCUAGAAAGUGUGGAGUUACCUCAAACUAUCAAUUGACUCUUCUUGGCUUCUGCAACGACGAAAUCCCAUGUUCACGUUGACCUUUUUAUAGGGAGAUUAGUCUUCCAGCCAAGGGACAGGACUGAUCCACAGCAGUUACGACCCUUCCUCUUUGUUCCUCAAUAUGUAAUUGUUAUUCAGAAAUGAGGAUUGGUGGAAACGAUGUGUUCGGGACGCAGAUCCCGCUGGUUUUUCUCAACCUGGAAGUAGACGCACCUCUGCUGGUGAAACCAAUCGUAGAGGUUUUCAGUCUGGUGUUUGACACCUGCAUGCUGACCGCCCUGCAGCACAAUAUCUGGGCCCAGCCAUAGGUGUUUUGUUCCUUUUCUUGUUUUCUUGUGUGUUGUUGUUGUUUUAAGAAGUCCUUCCCGUCUGUCUCAGGUAGGCAAAAAUUAUAUGACAAGGAAGAUGAAGAUGAAGGUUAAGAUAUUUUGGUAAGAGUGAAAACAAUCAGCUGUUCCGUCAGUUUUAAUUGUUCUUCUUGAGUCACAGUUGCCUUGAACUCCCCCUUACUACUUCAUAAUCAAUGUGAUUUUGGCCUCGGCCUCAGUCGGUUUGGAGUUAACGUCUUUGUAAUUCCUUACUGAAGUGCGUCAACUCGAUCGUAAUUGAGGGUGAACGCGCUCCGAACGGAUUGAAUCCGGGCCGUGGUAUUUCAUCUGUAAAGCAUUAGAUGGCGGGAGACAGACGUUUGCUUGUUCCAUAUCUCAGGAUUCCUGCACUUGCGGUACUUUUCCAGCCGAAAGCUUUUGUUGAAGCUUCGUUCAAAGGGUUGGCGUGCUCGAUGGGCAAGACUUUGUAGUGUUUUUGGAGGAAAGAGAGCUCUUCCAAAAGAAUGCGCUUUAGAA